AUGGCCAGAAAGAUGCUUUACGCUUUCGAACCACAGCUUCAUCUCGUCACUCCGAUUCCCGGGAAAAGAAUUUGCUCCGCCACAAAAUCAUUCUCGAUAUGGAGUCCCUUGGAAGCGGCGGAGCUGAUGUUGGAGCAUCCGCAACACGUUGUCGUGGAGUUCAACGCCGAAAUUGAUCAGAGGAGGCCGAUUCCGUUGCCCGCCGACCAUAAACUCGACGUAAAAAAGCUUUACGUGAUGCUACCAGUGAGACGAGGGAAGCCGAUCACGUUGUCGUCGGAGGAAGCUCGUCGUGUGCUAUCGAGUGCGAAUUCAGUCUCAAGGUCGAAGUCGAUUUUAUCGUCGUCCCCGAAGCUUCUUCCCCUGUUUUCCCGGAUUUGCACGGCGAAUGAUCAUGCCGACAGAGCGGGACAUAAGUUCCCGUUGCAGAAGAAGGAAAGAACCGACGAGAGGUCCGAUGGGGCUCAGAGUUUAACGGAGUUAUUUCCGGAGAGUUCCGAAAGUAGGCCGGAGUAUUUGAAUAUGCAAUAUUCAGGCAAAGGAUGGAAACCAAGCUUGGAUACUAUAAACGAGAAGGCACGGCAUAGGUUGUUUUAA